UUUCACUGGCACUUUCUGAUUCGUGUUUCCCACGUUGUUAUCAACAGAGAGAGAGACGCGCAGUGGAGGAGAAGCAGCGAAAUAUCACAUCUCCUUACCGACCGGUGCGGGCUCUCGGUUAUACCGAACUGGGUCUGUUUGUGUUGUUUUGAUCCGAGAUGGCGUUCAUGGAGCAGCAGACGCCGCCGUUGUCGGGCAGGAAGCCGCCGCUGGACGACACCGUGCCGCUGAGCGCCGUGAUCGAGGCCAGCCAGAGUUUACAGUCGCACACGGAGUACAUCAUUCGUGUUCAAAGGGGAGUUUCCACAGACAACAGUUGGACGGUCAUCCGACGAUACAGCGACUUUGACAUGCUGAAUAAUAGUUUACUGAUCACUGGCCUAAACUUGCCACUUCCACCUAAGAAGCUAAUUGGAAAUAUGGAUCGAGAGUUUAUAGCUGAGCGUCAAAAGGGUCUUCAGGCUUAUCUGAACUACAUCACGCGACACCACGUCCUGUCCAGCUGUGAGCUGGUCAAAAAGUUUCUGGACACAAGCAAUUAUUCAGCAAACUACACAGAAAUAGCCCUUCAGCAGGUGUCCAUGUUCUUUAGAUCUGACCCAAAAUGGGAGGUUAUUGAGCCGUUGAAAGACAUUGGCUGGCGAUUACGCAAGAGGUACUUCUUGGUCAAAGACAAAGAACAACCCAAAGAGAAACAAGUCUUAAGUUGGGUUGAUUUGGGUCCAGAUAAAUUCCUGUCGGACAAAGAUCUUCAGUCUGCAAUGAAGCUGCUUCCUACAUUGUCUCAUCCAAACAUCUCUCCUGUGAGUUUCGCCAUUACCAAUGAAUCAUCUGCACUAGUCAUUCGAGUUUUCAGCGAGAAAGGAACGCUGAGGGAUCACAUUUGCAAGGUGAAGCCAAAAGAGCCCUUUCUGAAGAAGUACUGCAAUCCCAAAAAGAUCGAAGGUUUGGAGCUGCAACAAAUCAGAACUUAUGGAAAACAGAUUCUGGAGGCACUGAAAUUUCUCCAUGACAAGGGUUUUCCAUACGGUCAUCUGCAUGCAUCUAAUGUUCUUAUAGAGGAGAACACAUGUAAACUGUUGGAUGUAGAGAAUUCAUUACUGGGACUGCCAUCAUACUACCGUCCAUACGUAACACAAUUCAGGAAAAUUAAUACGACAGAAAGCAUUGAUGUGUACUCAUUUGGACACUUGCUUUAUGAAAUGACGUACGGCCGCCCACCAGACGCUGUACCAGUGGAUCAGUACCCUACUGCCCCAUUUUCAUACGUAGUGUCUGUACUUCAGUCCAUUCUGUCCACAGAAGCUUGCAAAACAGGAAUGCCAACCGUUUCCCAACUCCUGCAAACACCGUUAUUCAAUGAUGUGCUGCUGUAUAAUUUGGAGAAACCACAGUUUAAGAUGAGUUCUAAAUUAAAGGAGGCUCUGAAAUCGUCUAAAGAGUGUUUAGAGAAGCGUCUGCUGGAGGAACAGAGAACGAUCCACCAACACAAACGGUUGACACGAGCGCAGUCACACCACGGCUCAGAGGAAGAGAAAAGGAAACGGAAGAUCUUGGCCAGAAAGAAAUCCAGACAGUCAACUUACGAAAACGAGGAGGAUCUCUGUGUGAAAUACAACAACAACUCUGCAGGUUCUGGGGCGAGUUCUCCUCCAACCUGCCCGUCCUCACCCACUCCGCUACAUGGAUCAGGUGCACCUCCAGCGCCUCCUCUUCCUCCCCCUGCUGCUGCUCCUCCACCAGCUCCUCCUCCUCCAGGGCUCGAUCCCAGCCCUCCGCCCCUCACACCUCCCAAUGCCAACGGCGUUGGCAGGGGUGCCCUCCUCAGCUCCAUCCAGUCGUUCAGCAAAGUCAAACUGAAAAAAGCAGAGACCGUUGACCACAGCGUCCCACACUUGUGAAACAAAGAAAUUAAGGCAGCAAAACCGCAACGGGUUACCCCUUGUUUUAGUGCAAUUCGUCCAUUUGAACUUUUCAUGGCUUUUUAGCUACUCUCGUCUAGUAGCGAAGAGUGACUAUUUAUUUUUGAACUUUAACGAUGUUUGUUUUAUUCUCUUUUCUGUAACAAUUUGGACAUGCAUUUUUUUUAUGGCGUUUGACCAGGGAUGGAUUAUGACUUUCAAAGGCCCUGGGGCCAAUUAUCUCCAAGGGCCUCUCUCCUCCCAAAAGUUGUUGAGCGGGGACGGGGCGGUUUGUUGUUCAUGCCCAAAAGGGUUUUCAAGCAGGGGGGAUCACUAGAUUGCGCAGCCUUAAAGCCCAGGGCACCCCUGGGCAGUCAAGGGCCCCUGGGCACGGGCCCCAUUGGCCCAGUCGGUAAUCCAUCUCUGCUUGGACCAGACAUCGUAGCUAAUCCUCAGAUGAAAAAAUUAUGACAGUGAAAUCGCAAGGAGUUCCUCUUUGUUAUAAUGACAUCCGUCCAUUGCGAACUCUCUCAUGGCUUUGAGCUACUUCCAUUUAGCAGUGAAGCGUGAUGGUCUAUAUUUAAACUUCAACGAUGGACGUUCGUUUGUUUUAUCCACAUUCCAUUUAGACAUGGAGCCGUGCAUUUGUUUUUCUUUGGUACUUAACGUAACCUACAAAAUUUUGGACCAGCUAUUGCACUUGGAGAAAAAUGAUGACAGCGACAUAUCUACUUUGUAUUAGAGCAUUUCGUGCACUGCAACCGUUUUCUUCUAGCAGUGUUUAUAUUUGAACUUCAACAACGUUUGUUUAUUUGCUUCGUAUGUAACAAUUCAUAAUUGGAGCCCCCGCGUUUCUUUAAUGCUGCUCGACGUAACCUAAACUAUUCUGUUUGGACCAGCUAUCAUUUAAUGUGACUUCAGACUCAUUCUGAAGAUAAAACAAAUCUACAUCUUUAUUUUAUUGAACGUCUCCAAAAGACGAGGGCACAAACUGGAGGAAAAUAAGGACUGCACAUUUAUUACAAAUAAAAAUGUAAUUGGGAGUUUAUUGUUGGUUCAUACUGCAGAAUGUUGGCUGAUAUUUUAAUUUAACAAUUUGCAAUAUUAUGCCUCUAUUUUUGUUGUUGUUUAACGGAUUGUGGUAAAUUUGGAGGGUUUGGGUGCGAUGAUUCUUUUUAGCGUUUGCCACAUUUACUAUUGUGCCUAAAGCUGAGAGCUUUCUUCGUUCUCUUCUUUUUCCUGCGGAAAAUUUGUACCUACAUUGUUCGUAUUUUCUCUCAGAACCAAGUCAUAGAUUGUAUUCAUGUUCUGCGAGAUCACAAUCAAUCACAAUACAUAUAUCUUUAUGCCCCUUAUAACAGAGUUGCAAUGGCUUUUAUGCACCACUAACAUGAUUGUAUAAUGGCCAUUGUGAUGUAUAAUGGCCAUUGUGAUGGCACUUGUACUAUCCACUUGUCCUAUUGGUUGUUUGCAACCUGUUAGAGAUUUUCAGCCAAUUAUAAAUGACCAAGUGGUGAGAAUGCUGGAAGUAUCUCCUUAUUUUGCACACCUAUUGGGUGAAAAUAACUUCUGUAAUUAAUGUAUAUUGCAAGGCUGUCUUGAAAACCAAACAGAUUUGGUUAUAUAUUUACCAUUAUGUAUAAUAAUGCACAAUAGUUCACCUUAAAGGUCAUCUUUUGCUCUUUUAACAGUCAAUGCAUUUGGAUAUUGAUUCACACAGACAUUGAAAACAUUACUGUUAAAUACAUACCGUAAUACAUGUACCGUAAUUCUCUGCUUUGUUAUUAUCGUGGGGGAAAAUGUAAUUAUAUUUUCAUUUUCGCUAUAGCACUUUACCGCCAGUCUUGAAAAGAUGAAACGUUGUAAAGUUUACACAGAGAUUUAUGUAUGUCGAAGAACAGUUGAGAAGACAAUGUUAUUUUCAGAAUAAAGGUUUAAUAAUGAAGAAAUUUGCCGAUUGGACGGUUGUUACAAGAACUGGAGGUGAACGUCCUCAAAAUGCUAAAAGAAAAAUACAAUAAAUGUUUUCCCUGUUCUAAGACUUAUAUUGGCUAUAUUUGAAAAGAAAUUGUCUUGUGCUUUUAGCUGUGAACAUUGAAGUAAAAACAAUUAAACUAAUGU